GCGGGCGGGGGCAGGGGCUGCUCCGCGGCUUCUCCCAACCGCCGCCGCCAACGGGAGUUUCCAGGAAGUGGCCAUAUUGGAUCCAUUCAGCCGCAGCCGCCUGGGCGGAGAGCGUCCCGCUGCCGACUGGUCCCCGUCGCGGCCCCUGCGCUGGUCCCAGCCCGCCCGCCCGGUGCGGAGCUCGCCAUGGCGGCCACCGACCUGGAGCGCUUCUCGAAUGCAGAGCCAGAGCCCCGGAGCCUCUCCCUGGGCGGCCAUGUGGGUUUCGACAGCCUCCCCGACCAGCUGGUCAGCAAGUCGGUCACUCAGGGCUUCAGCUUCAACAUCCUCUGUGUGGGGGAGACCGGCAUUGGCAAAUCCACACUGAUGAACACGCUCUUCAACACGACCUUCGAGACUGAGGAAGCCAGUCACCACGAGGCAUGCGUGUGCCUGCGGCCCCAGACCUAUGACCUCCAGGAGAGCAACGUGCAGCUCAAGCUGACCAUUGUGGAGGCCGUGGGCUUUGGGAAUCAGAUCAAUAAGGAUGAGAGUUACAGGCCCAUAGUUGACUACAUCGAUGCGCAGUUUGAAAAUUAUCUGCAGGAGGAGCUGAAGAUCCGCCGCUCGCUCUUCGACUACCAUGACACAAGGAUCCACGCUUGCCUCUACUUCAUCACGCCCACGGGGCACUCCCUGAAGUCCCUGGAUCUGGUGACCAUGAAGAAACUAGACAGCAAGGUGAACAUUAUUCCCAUCAUCGCCAAGGCUGACACCAUCUCCAAGAGCGAGCUCCACAAGUUCAAGAUCAAGAUCAUGGGCGAGCUGGUCAGCAACGGGGUCCAGAUCUACCAGUUUCCCACAGAUGACGAGGCUGUUGCAGAGAUUAACGCAGUCAUGAAUGCACAUCUGCCCUUCGCCGUAGUGGGCAGCACCGAGGAGGUGAAGGUGGGGAACAAGCUGGUCCGAGCGCGGCAGUACCCCUGGGGAGUGGUGCAGGUGGAGAAUGAGAAUCACUGCGACUUUGUGAAGCUGCGGGAAAUGUUGAUCCGGGUGAACAUGGAAGACCUCCGCGAGCAGACCCACAGCCGGCACUAUGAGCUCUACCGGCACUGCAAGUUGGAGGAGAUGGGCUUUCAGGACAGCGAUGGUGACAGCCAGCCCUUCAGCCUACAAGAGACAUAUGAGGCCAAGAGGAAGGAAUUCCUGAGUGAGCUGCAGAGGAAGGAGGAAGAGAUGAGACAGAUGUUUGUCAACAAAGUGAAGGAGACAGAGCUGGAGCUGAAGGAGGAGGAAAGGGAGCUCCAUGAGAAGUUUGAGCACCUGAAGCGGGUCUACCAGGAGGAGAAGCGCAAGGUGGAGGAAAAACGCCGGGAACUGGAGGAGGAGACCAAUGCCUUCAAUCUCCGGAAGGCUGCGGUGGAGGCCCUGCAGUCACAGGCCUUGCAUGCCACCUUGCAGCAGCCCCUGAGGAAGGACAAGGACAAGAAGAAUUAACGCACGCACAGACUUACAUGUCAAGAGUGGACUUUAGACUUUCACGUGUUAAGUUGCUUGAGUUACACCUUGUGACCCUUCUUCCAUAACAUGGUGUGAGGAUGGACUGGGAGCCAGUACAGACUCCAGUGUUUACAGCUUUGCUUUCCCCUACCCGACCCUGGCCCCAGGCUGCCCCAGGCCUGGCGGGCCACCCCUCUCUAUGCAAACACGUAAAAGCCAGGAAUGCUGGAAUCCAAAACUGACGAGGUUUAUUUUUUUCAGAGCCAGUGGCUGGUCUUCCAUUUACAGUGUCACUAUUCCCUGACAGAGCUGUUAUGUGCCGCUCCAGCGAAGGCCCCAGCCGGGUUGCUAGGCCUAAUUGUU